GCUCCGCAUCACGAGCGGGCCGGAACGCGCGCGCCCCGGGAGUCCCGGCGUCCCGGCCUCUGCCAUUGCGCACCCCCUGACGUGUGUAAGACCGAGGUGGACAUGGAGCCGCAGAGGCCUCCGCUGUUGGAAGUGAGGGGGAACGUAGAGCUGAAGACACCCCUGGUUAAGGGCUCGUCCCGACUUCCUCUUCCAGAAAGCAGCCGCAAGAGGGGGCCUGAUCAGACGGAAAAUGCCUUGGAGCCUGAAAAGAAACGGACAAGGGUCCUGGGUGCGUCCACCAGAACAGACUCAUCCCGUGCCAGAGCGCCACCACUCAGCACGGGGUCCCAGACCCAAGGCCGGAUCACAGCUCAAAAAGUUCCCAAGAAUGUAGGCGCCCGGUGUUCCACAAGUGUUGCUCCAGUGUUGAAGAACCAGAAGCCAGUCCCUGCUGCUCCUGCCCAGAAGCCUGGCACAUCAGCUGCUCCUCCCGUGGGGGCAGGGAAGAAACCUGGCAAACGUCCUGCCUGGGACUUAAAGGGUCAGCUGUGUGACAUGACCGCAGAGCUGAAACGAAGCCGUGAGAGGACCCAGACAUUGAGCCAGGAGAACCAGCAGCUGCAGGAUCAACUCCGAGAGGCCCAGCAACAGGCCAAGGCCCUGGGGACAGAGCGCAGCACACUGAAGGAAGAACUAGCCAGGGUUCAGACCCAGGCCGAGCAGGGCCAGCAGGAGCUGAAGCGACGGAGUGCCCGGGUCCUGGAGCUCGAAGAACGGCUGGGCACACAGGAAAGCCUGGUGCAGGAGCUUCAGAAAGAGCAGCUGGAGCUGCAGGAGGAGCGGAGGGGCCUGGCCAGCCGACUGGAGGAGCAGGAGAGGAGGCUAGAAGCUUCAGAGGCUGCCCUGUCAAGCAGCCAAGCAGAGGUGGCGUCUCUGCGAGAGGAGACAGCAGCCCAGGCGGCCUUACUAGCUGAGCGAGGAGACCGUCUCCACAGUCUAGAGAUGGAGCGCCGGCGCCUGCACAACCAGCUGCAGGAACUUAAGGGCAACAUCCGGGUAUUCUGCCGGGUCCGCCCUGUCCUUCCAGGGGAGCCCACCCCAUCCCCUGGCUUCCUCUUGUUUCCCCCUGGCCCUGGCGGGCCUGCUGAUCUCUCAAACCGCCUUACCCUCUCUCGCUCUGAUGAUCGGCGUGGAACCCUGAAUGGGGCACCAGCUCCCACCACCCGCCAUGAUUUCUCCUUUGACCGAGUAUUCCCACCAGGAACUAAACAGGAUGAAGUAUUUGAGGAGAUUGCUAUGCUUGUCCAAUCAGCCCUGGACGGCUACCCCGUAUGCAUCUUUGCUUAUGGCCAGACAGGCAGUGGCAAGACCUUCACAAUGGAAGGCGGGCCUGGAGAAGACCCCCAGUUGAAGGGGCUGAUUCCUCGGGCCAUGCAACACCUCUUCUCCGUGGCCCAGGAGCUGAGUGGCCAGGGCUGGACCUACAGCUUUGUGGCAAGCUAUGUAGAGAUCUACAAUGAGACUGUCCGAGACUUGCUGGCCACUGGAACACGGAAGGGCCAAGCAGGAGAGUGUGAGAUUCGCCGUGCAGGACCAGGGAGCGAGGAACUCACUGUCACCAAUGCCAGAUAUGUCCCUGUGUCCUGUGAGAAGGAGGUGGAGGCCCUGCUCCAUCUAGCCCACCAGAAUCGGGCCGUGGCUCGCACAGCACAGAAUGAGCGGUCGUCACGCAGCCACAGCGUGUUCCAGUUGCAGAUCACGGGGGAGCAUGCUAGCCGAGGCCUGCAGUGUGGGGCCCCCCUCAACCUUGUGGAUCUGGCUGGGAGUGAACGGCUAGACCCCAGCUUAGCUUUCGGCCCCGGGGAGCGGGAGCGUCUUCGGGAAACACAGGCCAUUAACAGCAGUCUGUCCACGCUGGGCCUGGUCAUCAUGGCCUUGAGCAACAAGGAGUCUCACGUCCCUUACCGGAACAGCAAGCUUACGUAUCUGCUGCAGAACUCUCUGGGUGGCAGCGCUAAGAUGCUCAUGUUUGUGAACAUUUCCCCUCUGGAAGAGAACGCCUCCGAAUCCCUCAACAGUCUGCGCUUUGCCUCCAAGGUGAACCAGUGUAUUAUUGGUACUGCCCAGGCCAACAAGAAAUGAAGAUGGAUCCUGUUUCUUUGUGUGCAUGUGGGUGUACGUGUGAGCCUGAGUUUAGGGGAGGCGGCUGGUAAGGGGUGCUUCACUAGGUGGAGGGUCCUAUGUACCCGGUUUAUCAAAUAAAUAGUUGCUUUGCUUUUUUU